AUAGGCGGCAAUGGCGGCAUAACCUCAAAAUCGCCAAAUACAGAUCGUAGUUGCACAACUUGCACGUAAAACUCAAAUCCACACAGCAUUAGCUCGGAAUUCGCCCCCAGCUUUUGCAACCACGGCCCCCGCCAUGGAUUUCCUAGAAUAUUCCGACAUCUCAGCCGAAGUCAAAGGAUGCAUGACCGGAGGCAAACUCAAAAUGACCGACCAGAACAUCGUCUUCAAAAACAGCAAAACGGGCAAAGUCGAGUCCAUCUCCUCCUCGGACUUCGAAGCCGUCAACUUCCAGAACUUCGCCGGCAGUCUAGGCAUCCGCGUCUUUCUCAAAAACGGCUCUCUGCACAGAUUUGUGGGCUUCAAGGAGUCGGAAAAGGAGCGAAUCGCCAAGUUUUUCACCAGCGCCUACAAAAUCGACAUGCUGGAAAAAGAAUUGAGCUUGAAAGGGUGGAACUGGGGCACCGCGAAGUUCAACGGGUCGGUGCUCAGCUUCGAAGUGGGGCACAACAGCGCGUUCGAAAUUCCGCUGAACCACGUGUCGCAGUGCACAGCGGGGAAAAAUGAAAUCGCCAUGGAGUUCCAUCAGAACGAUGAUGCCCCGGUUAGUUUGAUGGAAAUGAGGUUCUUUAUCCCGUCGAACGAAUUGGCGGGUGAUAUUGACCCGGUGGAGGCGUUCCAGAAGCAAGUGAUGAAGAAAGCUAGCGUUAUUAGUGUGUCUGGAGACGCCAUCGCUAUCUUUAGGGAAAUUCAGUGUCUCACGCCACGUGGUCGAUAUGAUAUCAAAAUUUUUCAAACUUUUGUGCAGCUUCACGGUAAAACUUUUGAUUACAAGAUCCCCAUGUCGAUAGUUUUGAGACUAUUUCUGUUACCACACAAGGAUAACCGGCAGAUGUUCUUUGUGGUUAGUUUAGACCCUCCAAUUAAGCAGGGACAAACGAGAUACCACUUUUUGGUUUUGUUGUUUGGACAGGAGGAAGAAACGUCAAUUGAGUUACCCUUCACUGAAGAGGAACUUAAGGAAAAAUAUGAAGGUAAAUUGGAGAAGGAGUUGUCUGGACCCACCUAUGAAGUUCUGGGUAAAGUUAUGAAGGUUAUUAUUAGUAGAAAACUCACAGGGCCUGGGAAUUUCGUGGGACACUCUGGGACUCCCGCGAUUGGGUGCUCGUUUAAAGCAGCCGCCGGUUAUCUGUAUCCACUAGAAAGGGGCUUCAUGUAUGUCCACAAGCCCCCAAUUCACAUCAGGUUUGAAGAAGUGGCUUCUGUGAACUUCGCUCGUGGGGGCGGCAGCACAAGAUCGUUUGAUUUCGAAGUAGAACUAAAAUCAGGGACUGUGCACACCUUCAGCAGCAUAGAAAAAGAAGAAUACAACAAACUAUUUGACUUCAUAACCACAAAAAAACUCAACAUCAAAAACAGAAACAAAAAUGACAAAACCGGCGCCUAUGACGACUUUGGCGACUCAGAUAACGAAGCUGCUCCUGACGCCUACUUAGAACGCGUGAAAGCCGAAGCCCAAGAACGCGACGAAUUCGACGACAAUCCAAGCGAAGACGAAAGCACGGACGAAGACUUCAAGCCCGCGGCGGAAGAAAGCGACGUAGCGGAAGAGUUCGACUCGAGCCCCACCAGCACGUCUGAGGAAGACGAAGACAAAGCGUCCGGCGACGAGCACAAAAGCAAAGAGAAGAAAAAACACAAAAAGGAAAAGAAGGAGAAGAAGGAAAAGAAGGCGAAGACUGUGUCAGAGAAGCCGCGUCAGAAGCGCACGAAAAAAAAUAAAGACGAGAAUAGACCGAAACGCCCGGCGACGGCGUUCAUGUUGUGGUUGAACGAAACGCGGGAGCGCAUCAAGGCGGACAAUCCCGGGGUGAAAGUCACCGAAAUCGCGAAAAUCGGGGGAGAGAUGUGGAAGGAGUUGAAGAGUAAGGCGGAAUGGGAGGAGAAGGCGGCGAAAGCGAAGGAGGAGUACAACAAGGCGAUGAAGGAGUACGAAGCGUCGGGCGGGGCGAGCAAAUCCGACGACAAAAAGUCGAGCAAGAAGGCGCCCCCGAAGAAACAGAGCACCAGUUCUUCAAAAAUGCCGUCAGUGAAACAGAGCCAGAUUAAGAGCAGGGAGUUUAUCGAGGAUGAUGACAGCAGCAGCGAUGAUGAGGACGAUAAACCGAAGAAGCGAAAGGGGUCUGAUAGCGACGGCGACCGCAAAAAGCAGAAAACUAAGAAGAAGUCUGAAAGCGAGGAAAGUUCAGCUGUUUCCAGUGGAGCGAAUUCUGAUAGCGAUUAAUGUUAUUUUAAGAAUCUCUAGAAUAAGUAUAUGUAAUUUACCACAUUUAAUAAAUAGUUUCGCAACUUGUUUUCUUAUAA